AUGUAUCAACUCACCGUCGGUAUUGCACCAACUGGCUUCGCCUUCGGUCGCGUAGAUCGAAGCUCCUCCAGGCCAGGCCGAUUCCGGAAAAAGACCCUCCCGCUGCAUGAUCAAUGCGCGACUGCGACAGAUCAUACCGUAUCUCCGUUAAAUACAAACCCAGUCCCCGCCGGCACCUUUACGACAGCGACAGCACAGUCUCCUUUGGCCGCGGAUUUCUUUCCGGGGUGCGAAGAUGGUGCGCCUGAUUCGGGUCAACCGGGAGAAGCAAAGUCGCGCAGGAAGUCGUCAUUUGCAGGUGUACGAUUGCGUCGCCGGGGACAAACGUUGACUGGCCCGCCCAGACCAGUCUUUGAGAACUUAUCAAUCGCUUCUCAUAUACGGCGGCCUUCGUCUUCCUGGGUGCGACGCCUAUCCUUCCAACCAGAGAAGCGCGCCUCCUGCCAAACCCCCGUUUCCUCUUCAUCGAACGGACCAGGUAGUCCGGUCAGUCCCCCCGCGUCUAUUCAACGCAGACCCAACAAACUAGUCAAACGGCCUCCUUCAAAUCAUGCCAACUCUCACCCGCUUUCCGGAAAUGCACCAUCCUCUCCGUUAAAGCCCGCCGCCUUUCGCAGGCCUGCUACUAGUCAUCAGCGGUCUGAAACUUUGGGACACAAGGCAAGCCAUAGUCUCAACUUCGAGCCUAGUCUGAUCUUGAACCCUUCACCCAACCGGUCCGAUCUUGCUGCUCUAGGCGAUGAUCAUGCCUGGCAUCCAUAUAUCGAUGUCAGCCCAGAGGGUUUAUCGGAAAGACUAGCUCGUAGAUUUUCAACCGCGACGAGACCAAAAGAUCCAGGGCUACGACGAAUUGUCCCGAAUGCGGAUACUGCUCCGGCACUCCUUCUAGCGACAUCUAUCAGAGGCAAGCACCCGACUGCAGAAGCUGAUUUAGAUGAAUCCACUCCUUCCUCGCCGGUUCAAUUUCGAAACCCGUUUGGAUCUAGUGGGUUUUCCCCGCAACAACAAGAGCUACCAUUGCCACCGGAGGAAAGGGAUCGUCAAACCUCGCCUUUGGUUGAUGAUUCUGGCCCUAAGUGCCCCCCAACGAGCACGGGCCCCGCAGAUAAUGAAAGCCUCAAGAAUGACUUGCUGGUCUAUCCCAAAAGGAGGGCAAUCUCGACCCCGCUCCCCGCGUCGGUAAAGUUGGAAGGAACACUCCUGGUUCCAUCUCAGGCACAUGGAAGACGAAACAUCACUGACCCGAAUAUCUUCCGUCGUCCAACCGUCUCACAAAAUGGAGUUCCUUCGUCAAUGAUGUCGGAAUUGAUAGGAUCGCGACGCAGACCCCAUCCUCUAUAUUGUCAAGACUACAAAGUAGACAUGGCUCAUCUCCGCGACAUUGGGUCGCGUCCUUUCGCUUUGGAUGCGGUACCACUGUCCAGAUUCCAGGGCACAUUCCGUCAGCGCCCAAAACGCCAUUCGAUUGCUGCGUCUGACCCUGCAUCCACCGUUAUGGGAUCUGACGAUACUCACAUCUUGACAUCCGGUGAUGAGGACGAGACAGAUUUCUUGAGCGACACUGCCUUCGAUUCCAUCCGUACACAUAUCACCACCAGCAGUAACUCGAGUCCAUAUGCUUCUCGAAUCCAGACGAUCUUUGACAAAGAAUUUCCCGUUAAAAUGUCGGAGGGAAUGUCUAACAUGCAUGUACUCGAAACGUGUGGGCCUCUCACUUCCCAUUCAUUGGAAAACUGCCACUGCGACUCCGUUAGAGAUGUUACCCCUAUUCCUACACCGGCUCCUAUCGCCGACAAGGCAUUAAAUAUGCACGAGGGCAACAGCAACGUUUCUUUUCCGUCAGACCUGACAGAUGAUGAAGAUUCUCGCAGCCUGCUGGCCGCACUGCCUAGCGAGACAACUGUCCCAUUCGCACGAGCACAUCCCUCAACACUGCCACUGAAUGGUAACGCUAGUGAUUGUUUUGGAAGCGAGGCAGCUCCCGAGCUACAGUCGUACAAGUGCGAUUCCCAUAGUCUGGCUAACGAGGCACUUGAUUCAUGUCCAAAAAUGAAUAUCUUUGACUGGUCGGAACAGUCGAGAAGCGAUCGUGAAGCAACAGGCCCCGACGGGCGACCGCGGACCGUCCAUGGGAAGCACGCACCUGACGUGCGUGGCAGCCGAGCAACAGGGCGAAAAGCCCCAAGUACUUUGCAUCUCCGUAGUCAAAGUGUCCCCGUGACCAGAGACACUCCGGCAAUUAACGAACAACGUCAGACCUCGGGCAAGUUCGGCACAUGGGGCCUAGGAAGCAAAGGUGUCAGUGAGGACUGGGACAGUGACUUCGAUUUCGAGGAUGCGGAUGAGAGUACGGCGAGCGAGGCUAUGAAACCGAAUAAAACGCUCCCCCAUCGGGGCAUGAUAGUUCCGCAAGCCAUCAUGGAACGCCAAGCAAGUCUUCAUGGGCAGUUCGGACAGGUCCAGGAACUUACCUUGCUAGUUGAAGAACUUAAGCGCCUUCGGCAUCAGGGUAGCUUUUUGAACCUGGUCCGCGGGCCAUCAAGCGAACUUUGGAAAGAAGCAGAAGGCAUAGUGAACCUAGCCACUCUUGACGAUGAUGCGCAUGAUAACUCACCUCCUGGAUCUCCUUCCUCUCUGACUUUCAGCUUCGACGAAUCAGAAGGCGAUUCCUCCAAUACUAAUGACCCAUGGAAACGAGUCAGCGGAGGAUCUUGGGGAGUAUCAUUCUCGGAGCAAUCAAAUUCCCGUCCUACUACUUCUCCCAGCCCGGAGGGCACUGCCAAACCCAACUCUGUGCUGGAUCUGAUCUAUCAACAGCGCAACUCAGGCGACUCCAAUUUUACGGAUUCGCAUGUUCCACGCUCCAAGAAACUCCCCUUCGAUACACAGUCCCUUCGUGACUUGGUUGUCCGAGCAGGAGUCGUCACUCGUGCUUUGAAAGAAGUAAUUCGCAAAGCCGAUGGUGUUACAGCCGAGCCUAAAGAGACGAUACAUCUCACAGACCCACCAUUUAGUCGGAUCUUUGAUCAAUCUUCUCAUGAUAAUGCAAGUCUCGAGACUUAUAGUAAAUGA